GGAGCAGAAGAAAGAGUGGAAAAGUAUGACUUUGUGAUGAAUCUCAGAAGUCAAAUCCAGUGAGGUCUCCUCCUGUCCCCUUCAACCCCUUUAGAGACCACACCAUCCAGUGGACACCAUUUCAAGGAUUCUCUCUGGAUUUUGAUACCCACAGGAGGGUUGUGAACAGGAAGGCCCAGAGGAAGUGGACAGUGUGGGCAGGAUGUGGGAUGGACUGAGACUACAGGUGUUCUUCUUGUGUUUGGGGGCCGCACUAUGGAGCGCUGCAGCAGCAGCGACAUACAGGGGCUCAGGUCCACGGGAGCGUGGCCACCGCCGCCAUCUCUCUUUACACAGACACAGAGAGAGAGGCAAAGAGGGCCAGGUGCUUCACCGCUCCAAACGAGGCUGGGUCUGGAACCAGUUCUUUGUCAUUGAGGAGUACACAGGCCCAGAUCCCGUCUUAGUAGGUCGGCUUCAUUCGGAUGUGGAUUCGGGAGUUGGAAACAUUAAAUACAUCCUUUCAGGGGAGGGAGCAGGCACUAUUUUUGUCAUCGAUGACAAAACGGGCAACAUUCAUGCCACAAAGACACUGGACAGAGAAGAACAGGCCCAGUACACCCUGACCGCCCAGGCUGUGGAUCGAGACACCAACAAACCCCUUGAGCCUCCCUCAGAGUUCAUUGUCAAGGUGCAGGACAUCAACGACAAUCCACCGGAGUUCCUUCAUGGCCCUUACUAUGCACGAGUGGCUGAGAUGUCCAACGUUGGCACUUCAGUGAUAAAGGUCACAGCUACAGACGCAGAUGACCCUACAUACGGCAACAGUGCCAGGCUGGUCUACAGCAUCCUGCAGGGCCAGCCUUAUUUUUCUGUGGAGCCACAAACAGGAAUCAUUCGAACAGCUCUUCCCAACAUGGACAGGGAGGCCAGGCAGGAAUACGAUGUCCUCAUCCAGGCCAAGGACAUGGGUGGACACAUGGGUGGUCUGUCAGGAACCACUCAGGUUAAAAUCACCCUGACUGAUGUCAAUGACAACCCUCCGAAGUUCGCUCAGGGUGAGAGAAUUCAUUCUUCCAGCUGUGAAUGUUCCCUCUUUCUCUCUGAAGCCUUUGGCUCUCAGCAGACAGGGAGUGGAGCCAUAUGGUCCUUCUGCGAGCUCCAGCCUCAGGCCAGAGAUCCUGAUCAGGCAGAGAACGGACUGGUGGAUUAUCGAAUCUUGGAGGGAGACGGCAUGAACCUCUUCGAGAUCACCAAGGAUUCAGAGACCCAGGAGGCAGUCAUCAAACUAAAGAAGACUGUGGACUUUGAGACCAAGCGAUCGUACACACUGAAGGUAGAAGCCUCCAACACACACAUUGACUCCCGUUUCGCUGCCUGGGGUCCAUACAAAGAUACGACCAUUGUGAAAAUAUCAGUAGAAGAUGCAGACGAGCCCCCGACCUUCAUGGCUCCCGGCUACAACUUUGAGGUGGAGGAAAAUGCCCCGGCAGGCACUCUGGUCGGCCGUGUGCAUGCCAAAGACACCGACAUCAUGAACAACCCCAUCAGAUAUAUGAUCCCACACUACACAGACUUGGAAGAGUUUUUCACCAUUAAUACUGAGGAUGGCAUUAUUAAGACCACAAGGCCUUUAGAUCGGGAAGCACAGGCUUGGCACAACAUCUCCGUCAGUGCUACAGAGAUUGGUGGCCAUCACCAAGAUGCAAAAGUACGAGUCAAUAUCAAAGUCAAAGAUGUGAAUGACAAUGCUCCAGAAUUUGCCGCUCAAAACGAAGUGCUUGUCUGUGAGAAUGUCAGCCCUGGAAAGCUCAUUGAGACAGUUAGUGCUACGGAUAAGGACGAAAUGGCCCACCGCCAGCACUUCCACUUCAGCCUGGCCCCUGAGGUCGCUAACAACCACAGUUUCUCCCUCAAGGACAACAGAGAUAGCACUGCUAGCAUCUUUGUGAUCCGGAAGGGCUUCAGCAGAAUGACCCAGGAUGUGUAUCACCUUCCCAUCGAGAUCAAUGACAACGGCGUACCCCCGAUGAGCAGCACCAAUACUCUUAUAAUCCGUGUGUGCAGCUGCGACAGCAAAGACACCAUCCUCUCCUGCAAUGUCGAACCUUUCAUCCUCUCUGCAGGGCUCAGCACCGGAGCUCUGAUUGCCAUUUUGGCCUGUAUUGUUAUUCUACUAGCGAUUGUGGUGCUGUUUGUGGCCCUGCGACGCCAGAAAAAGGAGCCUUUGAUCGUAUUUGAGGAGGAAGACAUUCGGGAGAACAUCAUCACCUAUGAUGAUGAGGGAGGUGGCGAGGAGGACACAGAGGCAUUUGACAUCGCCACCUUACAGAAUCCAGACGGUGCCAAUGGCUUCCUGCCCCGUAAGGACAUCAAGCCCGAGCUGCAGUAUCCCAUGUGCCCUGGCCUGAGGCCCAUUGGCAACAGCGUAGACGUGGAUGAUUUCAUCAAAACGCGGAUUUCUGACGCGGACAAUGACCCCACAGCGCCCCCGUAUGACUCCAUUCAGAUCUACGGUUAUGAAGGUAGAGGCUCUAUCGCUGGCUCUCUGAGUUCCUUGGAGUCAGUGACCACAGAUUCAGACCUGGACUACGACUACCUCCAAAGCUGGGGGCCGCGCUUCAAGAAACUUGCCGAUCUUUACGGCACCAAAGACUCGGCUGAUGACAACUCUUAACAUUCACUCAAAUAAGUCAUUUUUCAUCUCCCUCCACCCGGCCCUCCUCCACUAACUGUGUGUUUUGUGAAGUUUACUAUAAGUAUUCCAUGAGUUUUUCACUUUAUAGUAAACUUUAGGCUGUUUGUUAGUAUACGCGCAGUAUACUAGAUGCUGGGAGUGUCAUAGGUACGAUCACAAUGUGCUAUGGGGGAGUCAGAAAGGUAGAAAUAUAUAUUUUUUGUCAAAAACAAAAUAAAACAACAACAACAACAAAAAAGACACAUAGACACAUCUGUGGUGGGCGUGUCUCUGUGGAGUGUAUGAAAUAAGGAAAUAUGUGACAAUGUUGUUUAAGAACUGAAGAACAUUACGUUUCACUAUUGAUGUUUGUAGGUUCCUACAGGUUUGAGGUUAUGGAUGUGGAUCACAGAGAGACAUGGAUUUGCUGAUACUGUGAACGAGCUCACGAAGAAAUAAAAACAAAAACAGUUGCCUUAUUAAUAAUCUGGAGCGAAUGUCAGCAAAUUAAGACUUCUGUAACUUCUGUAGUGCCUCCAUAUUGUCUUUGGAGAUAUUGUCCAAACAGGUCAUCUUGUUUUUUAUAUAUAUAUAUAUAUAUAUAUAUAUAUAUUUGGAAGCAGAUGGAUC